UGAGUCAACGCAUUUUUCAGAUUCAAGAAGGGUAGGGCGGCUGGCCCCUGCAACAACACAAAUAAGUCAGUUACUUCCUUAGCUAAACCAUUCGGCUUUCGCAAUCCAUGAAUGUCUUCCGAUGAGAGUUAAGAUUUGGCUGCGCAUUCAGUUGGUUUGACGCAAAUUCUUUGUUGGUCGUCUAUAAAAACCACGAACCGACAAAAUGUCACAGUCUGCGGUGGCCGACACUCGCCGGUUGAAUUCCAAGCCCCAGGACCUUAAUGAUGCUUACGGCCCCCCCAGCAAUUUUCUGGAAAUAGACGUUUACGAUCCACAAACCGUUGGAGUCGGACGGAAUCGUUACACUAGUUACGAAGUUCGUAUGCGGACAAACCUCCCCAUUUUCAAACAUAAGGAUUCCUGUGUGAGAAGAAGAUACAGUGACUUUGAGUGGUUAAAGAAUGAGCUGGAAAGAGACAGUAAGAUUGUAGUACCGCCUCUGCCGGGCAAAGCCCUCAAAAGACGAUUGCCAUUCCGUGGAGAUGAGGGUAUUUUUGAGGAGUCCUUUAUUGAGGAGCGACGAUCGGGCCUGGAGCAAUUCAUCAACAGAAUUGCAGGUCAUCCCCUGGCCCAAAAUGAGCGCUGUCUUCACAUGUUCCUGCAAGAGGAAAGCAUUGACCGUAACUACAUUCCUGGAAAAGUAUGAAUGAAACAUGGACUUGGCACUUCAGUUAAAUUGUUUCAUUUGUACUUUGUCUGAAAAACAAAGGAGUCCAUUCUGCCACAAAUUGACUUUUACAUUACACCUAGCUCUUGACUGUUACAUGUAGUGAACCAUUUUAUCUGGAGGCCUACAGUUCAUUAAACAGUUCAUGUCUAAUCAGUUGAGUGAGCUCAAGUCAGUGCCCGUACAUAAUCAUAUACAAGUUAUGCACUGCAUGCAUCACUUUCCCACUGGAAAACGCCCCCUCAUCCAGGCCUAAGUGGCGUAACAGGCUUCAACACUGCUGCCUUUAGAAGAGAUUAUAGAUUAAGAGCUGUCACGUCAUACUGUUUUCCACAUUAAACAAACACAGCUGUAGCUGGAGCACAAUUUCCCCUACCCUGGUAAAGACAAACAGAAUACAUGGUUUAAAGUGAAUGCAGUGAUCAGAUUAAUCAGCUAGACUUAUUACGUACCACUUAACCAACCAGAAAUAACACACAACUAUUGCAGUAGUUAAAUUAAAAAAAUAGAAGGCUUGGUAAAAAAUUAACCAACUCUAGACCAUCCUGAUAUUUUGCUUUGUGUUUUCCUAGCUAGUACUUUAAAGGCUAAUAUUACACAUAACAUUUUCAUUUUAACAGUAAAAAUGUAAACUGCUAAAAAAAAAAAGUGUCUGACUCGACACUGACUUUAAUGUGUAGACUAUUUAAGUACUUUCCUGUUAGCUGUUAGCUUAACAGUAGUAAUCUAAAAACUAUCAUCUCAAAGUUACGUAUAAUACAUAAUUUUAACUGUUGCAAAGUAAAAAUUUCACAUGGUUAGCUAAAAAGUGUCUGAAAAUAUUGACAUUAGUUCCUGUGUAGGCUAUAUAAAUAUUUGCCCUUAAGUGUAGUAACUUACAGCUACCAGUAAGCUAAGUAGAUGCUAGAAUAAUGGACAUUUUAUAGCUACAUGUCAGAACUAGGAGGCGCUUUUAAUGUAUAAUCAUAUAGCUUUUUGCUAUUUUAGAUGUGUUUUUUGUGUGUUUUCACAGCACGCAAGCUUCACACUGCCACUCAGUUAUCUUUGUCCUACUCAGUGAAUCAGUGUGCAUCCACUAUAUCAAUAGUAAAAAGCAUUACAUUUUACUAAAUACAUUGGUCGCAUGCAAGCAAGAAAACGUGUGAAUGACCUAUUUUGUCAACACCGAAACACAUGAAAUUGAUAUGACGCAUUAGUGAUGGGAAUUGCAAAACUGCAUGAUGCUUAUUGGUGAAGCUGAUGCACGGUAACCCCUGCUGCUCAGGAUAUGUCUGUCCCCCUCUGAUACCUUUUCAUCAAAACUGCAUGCACAUGUGUCAUAUACAGUGUUUUACCUCAGUUUUAUUUUACUGCCUGCUGGAUUAAAGAAGAGUCAUUUCAUUAUAGAAAGUUUUGUUAAAUGCAGUAGGAAAAUAUCAUAUGUGAAAGCUGGUGCUUGCUUCCUGACCAGGUUACGUAAAACACUGACCACUACAAAGAGCAAGGGUCAACAUGUCAGAUAGGGCUGACGCUCUGGAAGCUGAAGAUGUCAUAUGGCUAAUACCUACACUACAGUGCCUGUAUGAAUGUACAAAUGAAACCCAAAUAUGUCUCCCUUAAAGUGGUGGUUCUGGGCUUUUCAGCCAGUAAUGAAUAAUUCUAAUGGUUACUUUGUCUUUGUAUUAUGGGAAAGGUCUUCAGUUGUACAUGUGUCAACUAUGGGAAAUAAGAAUAGAUGGUGCAACCUUGGACAGUGCCUUUGCUUAUUUGUCUAUUGGCCAAGUAAGUGUAUCCUCAAACAAACGCACUGAUAGGAGGAGGCUUUCAACUGUCAUCCAGAAAGAAAAACAUGCACAUGAAUGCUGGCAGCCCUAUUCCACAUGCAUGUCAUUGUGGAUAUUGUAAUAUUUUAUAUAUAGAAAAUAUUGUGCUAGUUAUCUUCAGUACAUUAUUAGGCACUGCUUAAAUAAACUUCCAGCACUGACCAAA